GGGAGUAAGGGCUCUAUUCAAGUAAUCAAGAAUGCCCUUACUAAAUUGGAACUCCUUGCAGGUUUAAAUCCCAAUCUACUGAACAGUACUGCUUAUUUUGCUGGUGUAAAUGACAUUCAAACACUUGAUAGUGCCUCUUACAACUACAAUGCCGAGAAUAGAAGACU